ACGAAAUUUUGAUAUGACAUGGUGAGAUAGUGACAUGGUAAGAUAGUGACAUGGUGAGAUAGUGACAUGCUGAGAUAGUGACAUGCUGAGAUAGUGACACGCUGAGAUAGUGACAUGCUGAGAUAGUGACAUGGUGAGAUAGUGUCGUGCUGAGAUAGUGACGUGCUGAGAUAGUGACGAGCUGAGAUAGUGACAUGGUGAGAUAGUGACAUGUUGAGAUAGUGACAUGGUGACUCGGUGAGAUAGUGAUAUGCUGAGAUAGUGACAUGGUGAGAUACUGACAUGGUGAGAUAGAGAAAUGGUGACUUGGUGAGAUGUUGACAUGGAGACAAAGUGACGGAUAUCAUUUAAAAAACAGCAAUGAACUAGAAUGGGUUAAUGCCUGAUUUAUUUUACUCAAUGAUGUUCACAAUACUUCCAGUGGUAAUGACGAGUAUUGAAUGUAUGACUCUAAUCAAUACUUCCAGUUUUAAUAACGAGUAUUGAAUGUAUGACUCUAAUCAAUACUUCCAGUUUUAAUAACGAGUAUUGAAUGUAUGACUCUAAUCAAUUUCGUUUAUUUCAUAAGAAGCGUUUUAAAGAUGGCGUGCUCAGCAGACGCGACCUUGACAUUUCUUUUCUUGCUGGCAGCGUUCAGAUUGUCCAAGGGUUGCUUUCCAGCGGUAUGUUGAGUUUGUCUGUCACAUAUGCGAAGACCAGGUUAACAGUUAACGCCAGGUGCUAUUGGCGAUUUAAAUUAGUCCAGUGAUGGACAGAUCUGUCGUAUCGAUUGCCCCCCCCCCCCAAGUGAUAUGGUCUCUGACCAGGUAAUGUUACAGGAGCCCAGACAUUUUUAAAAAAAUAAUGCUGUAGACUCUUAGGGUUGAAAAUGGGCAAAAGAAAUAUUCAACUCAGACAUCAUGAAAGUUGAAUAACAAAAGAAGACAUUAAAAUGUUUAAUUUCUCGUUUAACAUGUGUUUCAAGGUUAAUUUCUUAUUUAGCGUGUGUUUCAAACUCUGAAUAUUAGAUUUUAGAGAUUUUUUAAAAAGAACACUUGUACUUGUGGCAACUAAAUAUAUAUGUGGGUGGGGAAACACCAAUAGUUUUUUUACAAAAAGUUUCUUAGACAAAAAUAAAAUUUCUAGCUUUUCAUAUAGAUGCAUUUUCCUCCCAUUUAAUAAAGAACACGACUACCACAAUUCUCACUGAACUUAAAUUCUGAAAUAAUGAAAACAGACAAAGUUGUCAGUUGACAAUUGCUUUAUUUUAACAUACCAUUUUGGGCUAAUAAAGCUAUUUGAUAGAUCAAACUUUGAUUGACAAUCAGGCUUGCACGUUCAUCUAAUUCGAGUGAAUAGAAGAAUAGAGUUGUUGGUGUCGAUACGACCAACACCAACAGCACCAACAACACCAACAAUAGUUUAUGGAAUGUUAAAUAACGAAAAAAUGAUAUUUUUUUCCCCUUUAUAUAUAUAAAUGAAUGUCUGUAUAUGUGUCCCGUAUGCGGUCCUACACCAUUCAUGCGAUUGUGAUAAAACAUUGGUGAGCUGUUGUCCAUAAGCCCGCGCAUUUCGUUGAGUCUUAACAACCCUUAUAAAAUAUUCCAUUUCGGGCCCUCUGGCCCUAAAUUUGUUUUUUUUUCCUUAUAUAAGCCAUGUAAAAAAUAAUUUCUGUCUGCGCUCCUAUACCAUUUAUCAGAAUGCGAUAAAACUUUGGUGAGAUGUUAUGCGUACGCCCGCGAAGGUUUUUAAAUAAUUAUAACCAUUUUAAAAUAUUCCGUUUUAGGCCAGGGGCCCUAAAUUCGUUUUUUCGUAUUUGAGCUAUAUAAUAAUGUUACCAGAUUUAGUCACAUAGUUACAAGACUUAGUCGCAUUGUUACCAGACUUAGUCACAUUGUUACCAGACUUAGUCACAUUGUUACCAGACUUUCAUUGAUUCAAUCCUGUGUAUUACAGCCUAUGUAAUAUACGUUAACUUCUCAUCUCUAAUGUUGUAUAUUAUUGUGUCCAGGCAUGUCAGUUUGAUCAGUACCAAAAGACAGAUGUGGUUUGUUUCGGACCUAACCUCAUCAGUUUUCCAAGCUUAUCCGGAUGUCCGGUUAAUGUGAGCGCUCUAUCCCUUGUGGUAUGAUGGCUACACUACUAAAAUAAUCAUGGAUAGAUUUUUUGGGUGGCUAUUGUAGUCACAAGAUUUCGCAUUAAUAAAAAAACAACCUUUAACUUAUGACUGAAGAAUUUAAAUGGGCCUAGAUGAAUUUGAGUGGGCCUGGAUUAACUUAAGUAGGCCUAGAUUAAUUCGAGUGGGCCUGGAUUAAUUUAAGUAGACCUAGAUUAAUUCGAGUGGGCCUGGAUUAAUUUAAGUAGGCCUAGAUUAAUUCGAGUGGGCCUGGAUUAAUUUAAGUAGGCCUCGAUUAAUUCGAGUGGCCCUGGAUUAAUUUAAUUAGGCCUCGAUUAAUUCGAGUGGGCCUGGAUUAAUUUAAGUAGGCCUCGAUUAAUUCGAGUGGCCCUGGAUUAAUUUAAUUAGGCCUCAAUUAAUUCGAGUGGGCCUGGAUUAAUUUAAGUAGGCCUAGAUUAAUUCGAGUGGCCCUGGAUUAAUUUAAGUAGGCCUAGAUUCAUUCGAGUGGGCCUGGAUUAAUUUAAGUAGGCCUAGAUUAAUUCGAGUGGCCCUGGAUUAAUUUAAGUAGGCCUAUAUUAAUUCGAGUGGGCCUGGAUUAAUUUAAGUAGGCCUAGAUUAAUUCGAGUGGCCCUGGAUUAAUUUAAGUAGGCCUAGAUUAAUUCGAGUGGCCCUGGAUUAAUUUAAGUAGGCCUAGAUUAAUUCGAGUGGGCCUGGAUUAAUUUAAGUAGGCCUAGAUUAAUUCGAGUGGGCCUGGAUUAAUUUAAGUAGGCCUAGAUUAAUUCGAGUGCGUCUAGCUUGAUUUGAGUGGGCCUAGAUUAAUUCGAACUGACCUAUAAGAAUUCACUCAGCACACAACACUCAAACACCAUCAUUGUAUACAGCAAGUCUAUUGUUUCCUUCUUCCUUUCAGGCCACGAACGUGAGCACACUAUCAGACAACAUCGUUCCCCCUGGCCUGACAUCGCUGAAGUUUCUGGACAACCGGAUCACGUCGUUCUCCGACGGCGCACUCGACCGUGUCGCUUCCUCACUUCGAGUUCUCCGCUUCGAAUCCUCCCUGACCACCAUUAUUCCCAGCGCUUUCAUGCACUUAACUGGACUGGAAGAGUUCGACAUUGUGUAUGCCGAAAUCACGGAUUGGAAUAUCCCAGUGCUUCAACAAAUCGGAGCCACUGUUAAAAAGAUGUAUUUAUCCGACGCGAACAUAUUCUCAUGGCCGACCUGGAUCUCGGAUUUCACGUCACUGGAAACGUUGGAGAUAUUCAACAGUGCCAUUGUGACUCUUCCCGACGACGCCCUGGCGCAUGUUAACAAUAAACUGUAUUUGCUGACUCUUUCCGUCGGCAAACUCGCGAGCAUACCACAUGCCAUUUCGGCGUUAUCAAAUAUAACCGACUUGAAUUUACAAAAUAAUCAAAUCACCAACCUGAGAAAUCUUCCCCGAAGCGCCGUCAAUCUUGAUUUCACCUUCAAUUUAAUCACCGAGAUAACGGACGAGACGUUCGUGAGCAUGAGGAACUUGAAAUCCGUGUACCUAGACUCGAACCCACUACAAACAAUAUCACGGCACGCGUUCGACGGCUGCCCGUCCCUCCAGAGUCUAUCUCUUGGACAAACACGGGUGUCGAGGCUUCCCCUGGGGCUGUCGGCCUUGACCGCGCCCAGUUACAUACAGUUCGGCGAAAACCCUGACCUCGUGUGCACGUGCCAGGAGUCGGGCCUCACGCCGUGGUUUUUGUCCCACAAACAAAUGGAUUUCAGCGGCAACUGUAAUUCGAUGAUCAACAUUGUUGAUUUCUACACGAAGCUGGCCAAGGAUUGUCCCCAGGAGAUGGCGAUAGGUCCAAACAAUACCACGAUAACAAAUUAAACUUUUUUUUUUAUUAACAAUGUUUAGAUUUAUAUUUUUUUUGUGGUAAAUACGGAAGCAGUUCAAGUGUAACUGAACUCCUUAAUAGAUACAGAUGCGCUUCUAUACGAUUUUGCCAGAUCAUCUGAAAUUUCUCUUAAAAUAAAAUGUAACUAAAACUGGAGAUAAUGAUACGUUUAA